UUUUCCAGUCUGACUUACUGCCUAAUUGGGUUCAAGUAGCAUGAUAUUAAUUCCAGUUUAUGCAAGCUGACCAGAAAUCCACAGGCAGAAAAUUGAGCAUGAGCGUGGGGUAGUUCAUGGUCAGUUAUGUUUUGUUACUGAAUUGCUGCUGCUGAUGGUAGUUUUAAGUCUGGAGGCUGAGUCCACAGUGAAUCUCGGUUCUGGAAACUGCACAGACCUGAGUUUGAAUUCCCCCUGCCACAGAAAGGUGAAAGAGCUUGUCCUGGACAACUGUCGGUCUAAUGAAGGCAAAAUCGAAGGCCUCACAGAUGAAUUUGAAGAACUGGAGUUCUUAAGUACAAUCAACGUAGGCCUCACCUCAGUCGCAAAUUUACCAAAGUUAAACAAACUUAAGAAGCUUGAACUAAGCGAUAACAGAAUCUCAGGGGGCCUGGAAGUAUUGGCAGAAAAGUGUCCGAACCUCACGCAUCUAAAUUUAAGUGGCAACAAAAUUAAAGACCUCAGCACAAUAGAGCCACUGAAGAAGUUAGAAAACCUCAAGAGCUUAGACCUUUUCAAUUGUGAGGUAACCAACCUGAACGACUACCGAGAAAACGUGUUCAAGCUCCUCCCACAACUUACAUAUCUCGAUGGCUACGACCGGGACGACAAGGAGGCCCCUGACUCAGAUGCCGAGGGCUAUGUAGAGGGCCUGGACGACGACGAGGAGGAUGAGGAUGAGGAAGAGUAUGAUGAGGAUGCUCAGGCAGUGGAAGAUGAGGAGGAUGAGGAAGAAGAAGAGGAAGGUGAAGAAGAGGAUGUGAGUGGAGAGGAAGAGGAGGAUGAAGAAGGUUAUAACGACGGGGAAGUAGACGAUGAGGAAGAUGAAGAAGAUCUUGGUGAAGAAGAAAGGGGUCAGAAGCGAAAACGAGAACCUGAAGAUGAGGGAGAAGAUGAUGACUAAGUGGAUAACCUAUUUUGAAAAAUUCCUAUUGUGAUUUGACUGUUUUUACCCGUACCCCCCCCCCAAAUCCCGCCCCCCGAAACUUAUUUUUUUCUGAUUGUAACGUUGCUGUGGGAACGAGAGGGG